CUUCCAACAUUUUGAGUCUUCAUAGUAACAUUAUUAUAUUUCUUAAAUAUAAUAAUGCCCCAAAUUAAAAGAUGGCAGGCCAACUACCCUCAUCGUUCUGCUAUUUAGGAGAGGCUGUGUUACUUUCUGAUCUUCUCAAACCCAGUUCCCUCUGCAAUAUACUAUUACUCUCUGAUUCAAUAUCAUCCACUGAGAUUCUAUACAAUUUAGAUUCAUAUCCAUCCAUUUCUUAUUGGUCAGUGUAAGAUCAAACACAUACUGCCACGCCCAAAAGCUCGGCCCAACAAUCUUCUAGUCAUCUGAUGUUGAACUUAGCCCUUUAUCGACUUAGGCCUAAUAAUUAUUCCUUCUUCUGAACUCGAACCGUGAUCUCUGAUACCACUUUUUGAGAUGGAAAAGAUGGAAUAUGAUGUGAUAGUUAUAGGAGGAGGAAUAAUGGGCAGCUGCGCGGCUUAUCAGUCAGCCAAACGCGGCCUAAGGACCCUCCUCCUGGAGCAGUUCGAUUUCUUGCACCACCGCGGCUCCUCCCAUGGCGAGUCCAGAACUAUCCGCGCAGCCUACACGGAGGAAUAUUAUGCCAAGAUGGUCGUAGCCGCCGAGCUCCUGUGGCGCGAAGCCGAAGCUGAGAUUGGCUACAAGGUCUUCUUCAAGACCCAGCAGUUAGACAUGGGCCCGGCGGACAACAAGGUGCUGCAAGCCGUCGUUCCCACCUGCCGGAAAACCUCCAUUCCGGUUCGAGUUUUGGACGCGAAACAGGUCCAGGAGGAAUUCGGGGGCCGUUUUCAGUUACCGGAGGAUUGGGUCGGCGUGGUGACGGAGCUCGGCGGCGUCAUUAAGCCGACCAAAGCCGUUUCCAUGUUCCAGGCGCUGGCUGUCAAACACGGCGCGGCUCUGAGAGACAACGUGGAAGUCAACGGCGUGGAGAGAGAGAAAAACCUGACCGGUGGCAUUUCCGUUACCGCGAAAAGCGGGGAGAGAUUCUCGGGCAAAAAGUGCGUUAUCACGGCCGGCCCGUGGAUACGAAAGCUGGUGGCAGCGAUCACCGGUUCCCGGGUGGUGCUUCCGGUUCAACCGCUGGAGACGAACGCUUGCUAUUGGAGGAUCAAAGAGGGGCACGAAGGAGAUUUCACCAUCGGAAACGGCUUCCCGACGUUCUCCAGCCACGGCGAGCUGCACGUGUACGGAACGCCGGCGCUUGAGUUCCCGGGACUGAUCAAGAUCAAUUGGUCAGGAGGGCGGGAAUGCGAGGCGGAAGGGCGCACCUUUGCGCCGUUGGCAAGUUCUUUGUGUUCGAUGAAACAGUGGAUAGAGGAACGAUUCGGGGGCCUGGUGGACUCGUCGGCGCCGGUGAUAUCGCAGUCAUGCAUGUACUCCAUGACGCCGGACGAGGACUACGUGAUCGAUUUCUUGGGUGGGGAGUUUGGCAAAGAUGUGGUGGUCGCCGGCGGAUUCUCUGGCCACGGGUUCAAAAUGGGGCCCUUAGUGGGUCAGAUAUUGGCGGAUCUCGUCCGGAGCGGGUCUUCAAUGGCCCCACACGACCUGUCUCACUUCAGAAUACAUAGGUUCCAGGAGAACGAUGAAGCAAACGCAAAUUAAAGGAUUUUUCCAUUU